CCUCUCUCUCUUUCUCUCUCGAACUCACAUUCUCUCUCUACACUCUCCAAUUCUUCUUCCAUCAACGCGUAGAUUCUUCUGCAUUUUCAACACAUCUCUCUCUCUCUCUCUCUCUACAGAACAAUGUCUGAAAAUCGCCGGCGAAAGACGCCGACGGUGGCCGCCGGAGGAGAAACUCGAGAAGACCUAGCAAUGGUGUCGGAGUUGUCGCCAACCGAAUCGGAGCUCGCCCGGCUUAGGCUUCGACAGCGAUGGGAGUUUGCCUCCGUUCUUAAUUUUUUGCAUGUUUUUGAGCCUGUUAUUGAGAGUAAGAUGAAGGUUUCGGCUGAAGAUAUUGAGACAGCUCUUAUAACACCGAACAAUUUGCUUGCUCAACUUCACAUAAUGCUUUUGAAGAUAGUGCAUGUGCAUCCAUGUCUGGGAAUACCGCCAAUAAGUAAAGCCUUGAAUGGUUCUGAUGCUUGGGUGACGGUGCUUUGCAAGAAACUUGCUAUGUGGUGGCCAUGGGUUGCUGAAGGGGAUAUUCCACUAACAGCAGCUAAGGGAGAGGAGAUACCCAGAUACAAGGAACUUGAUCCAACAAUUCGUCUACUACUUUUAAAAGCACUUUGUGAAAUUCGAGCAGAUCAAGAUGAUACAGUGUCUUAUAUUAAUGAUGGACUAAAAAAUGGGACUGAAAUUUCUUCUUUCCGGAAAGAUAAGAUAGGGGGAGAUGGAAAUGGAACUACAUACUGGUAUGAUGGAAACAAAGUUACUGGUUAUAGGCUAUACAAGGAAUUAAGUAAGUUUGAAUCCAUGCCAAAAGUUAAGGGCAAGGGUUUGCCGACAAUCAUUUCUGAGUGGGAAACACUUGCAACUAAUCUCGAGGAAUUCCGCAAAGUUGUGGAUGAAUUUUUGUCUAGUAAAGCUAAGCUGGAGGUUGGUGUUGGUCAGACAAUUGAAGUUAAUGUCAUUCCUGUUCUUGAGAAACUUCAUAAGAACAAAGAAAGGGCAAUGAAGAAACAACAAAGGAAAGAGAUACUUUCGAAUGGCUUUUUUAAUCCUGGGAUUACUCGGUCCUGCCGCAAUCGUAGGCCUGUCAAUUAUACAUUUGAUGAGUAUGACAAGGCCAUUGAUGAGGCUAUUCAACUCACAAAGAAAAGGAAGACUACCGAGGAAAAACAUAAUAGUGUCCGUGGAAAAAGAAACAAAACUGACUCGGAUGGAGGUUCGGACACAGAAACAGAUACAAGAAACCAUUCUGUUGAUAAGCAUGACUCCAAUGCAAGUGACACUGAGAGCGACGAGCUUCAUGGAGGUCACGAUGAAGAUUAUGAAAAGGACGAUGGUGAUAAUGAUCAGAGUAAGGAACUAGCCGGGACUGCCAACCAUUCUGAUUUGCAAACCAAAAAUCUGGGUGCAAAGAAUAGAUCGAGGCAAAGACCUACUCGCAAUUCUGCGCUUGAAUCUGCUGUUGUUCCUGAUUCAGAAGAUGGACAUUCAUCGGAUGAGACAAGCAACGGGAUGUCAGGCAGUGAACAUUCUGAGUCUGCUGGGCGCGAUGAUGAUAGUGAUGGAUUAAAUGCUUCCGAUCAGGACUGACUAUAUAAGUCAGUUCCCAUUAAGUAAAAUGAUUUCCUUCAUUUUUGAAAUCAGUGGUUUCUGGAAAUCAUGUUUUUUGAAUCUUUGGUAUGUAUAAAGGUGUAAUGAUGUCAACUUGAGAAUUGAAUUCAUUUUAUAACCCACAAAUUCCUUCUCUCAGUGCUCUAAUUCAUUUGAAUUCUUUUUUCA